AGUAGCAGCAACUAAGCGUCUUCAUUUUAGCAGCCACCGCUUUUCAAAGCCCUCCGUAGCAGCAGUAGAUGAAAUAUAACUGUAGCGCUCUUCUCAGAAAAUUUCCCUUUCUCUUUCUUUAGAUAGUUUUUUCAACUCUACUGAUUUUAGUUUACACGCUUUCAAAGGAAACUUGAACGUUUCCACACCUCAGCUUCUUCUUCUUUUGACGGGAGCCGGUUUGAGCCAUUCGACUUCUCCUUCUUCCAUCUCAGUGUCUUAUCGUGUUGUUUAGUCCAUUUUUUCUCCUUCGCUGCGCACCUUCUUUAGUUCUCCAUCAUGUUGCGCAGCACCGCUCGCCGGUUAGUGCGUGACCCGGUUCCUACCGACACUAAAGCCUUCUACACCUGGUUCAGCGGUCAGGCCUACCGUCAGGAACGAGUGAUUCCAGGCGGCUAUCCGGCGGUCCGCGUGUACCCGGUGUACGGUAAGCGCUGGUUCACGGGUCGCACAGUAAUGGCCAUCAUCGCGGGUGUCUCCAUCUUCGGCGCGUGGGUGCGUCCCGAGCGCGAGCGCUACAACUUGGAGAUGAUGAUCGAGUUCACCGAGCGCCAGGCCUCGUACCUGCCCUACCAGACGGCCGAGGUGAACCUGCGCUGCUUCGUGUCGAGCUACAAACGCUACAAGUACGAGCAGGAUAAGAUCAUCGACAAGGGAUUUGUCGGAUUGACCUCGGAGUUCCGCAAAUUCUUCUACCACAGCGACGUCUGGCGACCGGAGCUGCACGACGUGAUGUUGCACCCCUACGUGAAGUAUGGCGGGCCUAUCGGCAGCUACAACUGGUCUAUCGGCUACUUCUAA